AUGAAUUUCGUUGCCUCCCUCUAUAGCUUGUCCUCCAACCUCAAUACGUCUCCCCAAGGCGUCUUGGAUAUCUUCCAGGAGACCAUCUCCGUCGUCAGCGCCCAGCAGCCAGAGGUUCAACACGGUCUCGAGCUCGACGCCAUGGCGUUCCGUCGCAAGAGGUCCAGAGAUGAGACCUCGAUCUCGACGCGUGCUUGCCACCGCCUCGAUUCCCCCUUGGAUCGCUCCUCCUCCACCUCCAUCAACAUCUAUCCGUCGUCCACCUCAUUCCAUGUCGAUGAAUAUCUCCUGCCAGAUUCAUCGACUCCUUCGAGCACAUUAUCAAGCCCGACCUUUGCCUCCGAGUCGCCAUCCCAGUUAUGGCUUCAUCCAUCCGUCGCGGCCUUCAACGACUACCCUCUCACUAGUAUAAAUCACCGACAUCCGCGUGGUUCUACCACCUCUCCUCAUGCACAGGCUGACCAGAUUCUGACCCCGUUUGAGGCGACGCUCCGCCGUGCCACUGGCGAAUUCAAGACGCCCGUUGGGCACCAUCCUUCCAAUGACUUUUUACUCGGAUUACAGUGGGAAGACACGAUUUCGGACCAUAGUGCUGGACUCGUUCAACUGCCUGUGGGUCCUGUACACGAUGGAAGUUGGGAUACACCAACCAUACUCAAGGAUCACCUUCCUGGCCCUGGGUGGAACGACCACACUGCGAUAAGUUGGGAUGUGAACGACGAAGGACUCUUACCACCUCGCUUCGUCCCGAACGGAAUCGAUCUUCACUAUUCCACUUCUUCCGGCGAAUCUUACGAGGUUUGUUCGCCUUAUUCUACAAGUAGCCAACCUUCGUCUUCCACGACUUCUUUGGCGCGAGAUUCGGGGGAGACAGAACAGGCCCUGCCACUCAUUCUACCGAAUAGUCAAGAGCGAAGUAUGAACAAGUCACAUAAGAGCGGUCAUCAUAUACAGGCGGGCACAGUUCAGCUCGUGUACCCUCCUACCUGGGUGUCUUUGGCAGCAUCUUUGGCCUCUUCGAGCCCUGUAAUCGUCACUUGCCGUCUUCUGACGAAUUUGCCGACUCAGGCUCUAGCACCCGGACCGUCGAUGUUUGCAGCUCAAAUUCACGAAUGUGGGGCACUUAUCAACACCGUCGAAGCAUUCAUCGCCCAUAUGGAAGCGCAUAUUGGAAAGAAGCGUCGAAAGGGUGGUAACAGUGCACGCUUUCGCUGCACCUGGAACGGAUGCCGUACUACUCACCAGGUUUUCGACGAGGGUGGAUAUCAUCGCCAUCUAGAACAACAUGGCCUUCGGUGGCACUGCCCUCAUCUCAAUUGUGACUUCGCAAUCGGAAGACGCGACUGCCUGCUCGAGCAUCUGAAGAAAGUUCAUUCAGCGGAGGAAAAAGAUGCGCUGAAGAGAAUCAAGAAUCGGAUGGUCUUUGCGAGAUUGUACACCGGCACAUAA